GGCGCGGCAUGCGCCGCAUUCACGUCGUCGGUCGUGCACGGUGCGUCUCGCUGUGGAUUCGGGUACGGUGGGUACCGAUUUACAAAUCGUUGUCCAUCAUUGGCAUUGUUGUGUUUGUUGAGAUGACGUCCAAAGUAGACCACAAACUGCCGGACGGCAUAUCUGUUCUCGAUAAUCAAGGCGGUGGUCACAUGUUCAACGCCAAGAAGGGCAUGGUUGGCAUUAUGAUGCACAAUGAUGGGAGCCUUCUGAAGCCGGUAUGUCCAGACGCGACUGAACCACUUGAAGACGACGAAAUCCGUUUCUAUGAGAGGAUAUCUAACGCCGAUGAUCCAAUCGAUAAAGAGCUGGCCACGCUGACCCCUAAGUACUUUGGCACUCAGAAGGUCAAGGUCGCUGACCGGGACGUGCUCUGCAUGAAGAUGGAAAACUUCACCUACGGCUUCCGGCACGCCUGUGUGCUGGACUUGAAGAUGGGUCGCGUGACCUCCAUACCAACGGCGCCGGAGGAGAAGCGGAAACACGAGGCGUCCAAAUACCUCGGCACACGUGCCACCGUCGGCUUCAGCGUUCCCGGGAUGACGGUCUAUGACAUCACCAACGCAUCAGCCAUCCAGCACGGCAAGCCGUUCGGCAAGGCGCUGGACGGCCAGUCGGUGCUGGACGCGUUCCGUACGUUCCUAAACGCGCCAUGCGGCUCCGGCGUGCGGCCCAUCUGUGACUCGCUGCUGGCCCAGCUGGGUCGGAUCGAUAGCUGGUUCAGCCGACAGCGCCGCUACAAAUUUUUCGCCUCGUCCAUCCUGCUGACAUACGACGCGGCUGCGCUGCUGGCCGACGCCGGCCGCUCAGAGGAACAGGUGCUGGCCGCCGCGCGGCCCAUCGCGCGCAUGAUCGACUUUGCGCACGCGUGGCCGGCGGACGGCGAGCCGGACGCCAACUACCAGGAGGGGCUGCGGAACGUGAUUCGGCUGGUGACCGAGGUGCGGGACGCCCUGCCGACUGCCUAGUGUUAUCGCUGGUAGCCCGGGACUCCGCCGACCGCCUAAUGCUAUCGCUGGUAGCCGGGGACACCCUGCCGACCGGCUAGUGUUAUCGCUGGCGUUACGGGCCGCCCCGCCGACCGGCUAGUGUUAUUCCUGGUGUGCUGGUCUGACUGGGUGAAACGGCCCGCGGCUGGCGGGGCGGUGUCGGAUGCUGACUCAGACAGACAGACAGCCAGACGAACAGAGGAACAGACGGCCAGGGUCGCGACGAGAUGGGUCUGUCGCCGGCUGGCGUGGCCUCUCCACGAGAGAAGCACGAUGAAUAAGGCUGUAUCCGCUCGCUCAAUGUCGUUAGGUAGUUGGUCAGAUAUGCCGUUAGAAUCAAUAGAACUAGUCCAUCAGCUUGUGUUCGUUGUAGACCGCCGUUGUUGCGUCACCGUUUUCCUGACGAUGCCUCGUUUCUUGCCAUCAUAUCAUAGCUCUAGUAUCGUGUUUCGGCGGUGUGGCGUGCCAAAGCGUUCAGGAAUAGCGCAUGCCGUGCCGGUCGGCUGAACUGUUCGGAUCCCGAGCGGAUUUCCCACGGUUAUCGGCAGUGAAUUACAGCCGUUCCGGCCGCCUGCAGCCCGCUUCACUCGGUAUCACCCCGAGUAAACAACGCCGCCCGCUGGACCCGAGUCAUGAAUCAUGUCCACGCCAUACGCCUCCGUUCUUAUCAGUGUGUUUAGCCAACUCGGGGGCGGCUGUCGGCGCCGGACGUAGCGUCUGUGUGUUGAGCGGCCCGCUAUCGCACGGCAAUCGUACGCUCAUUUCCGUUUGUCGCGUUCGAUCGGUGGUCGGCUCCACGGGUGACGCACGUGCCGGUGACGCCGUUCCGCGAUCCCGCUCCCUGAGUUCGGCAGCCGGUCUCGUGACCCGCCGUCAGCCGCGUACCGUGACUGACAGUGAGCUAUUUUUCCCGUUCGGCACAGUCCAGAUACCAUCACCAUGGCACGGGCAUUCACGUGAAACAGUUUCACUGUAAACGUUACAGGUAUCCAGUUGUGCAGUCUGUGCGAUGCAUGCGGGCAUUUUGUCCUGAUUCCCGACCGAGCAUCGGGUUUGUAUCAUUGUACCCAUUUACGGUUGUAUAGCGAAUAAACAAAGCCGCCGCCGCACGGUGUCGCCGAGCUA